CUGCUUGCGCAGGCGCACAGCACAUUUCCGGUGCCGGGCCUCUUAGCAGCACCUUCCCAGAAGGAUGGUGCGGCUCGGUGGUCGGUUUAAGUCUCUUCGGGCGGGACUGGGCACCCGGGCUUCCUUUUCUGGCGCCAAGAUGCCAAAGAAAGCUAGUGCGACGAACAAGAGUAAAAGCCAAAGCAAGGAAGCAGAGAGACCACUUCCUCCCUUAGGUCCUGUGGCAGUCGAUCCUAAAGGUUGUGUUACCAUAUCCAUCCAUGCCAAACCUGGCUCCAAACAAAAUGCUGUAACAGAUUUGACAACUGAAGCCGUAAAUGUAGCUAUUGCAGCACCACCGUCAGAUGGAGAGGCUAAUGCUGAGCUCUGUCGGUAUCUUUCCAAGGUUUUAGAACUCAGGAGGAGUGAUGUGGUUUUGGAUAAGGGUGGUAAAUCUCGUGAAAAGGUGGUGAAGCUUUUGGCCUCUACAACUGCAGAAGAAAUCUUGGAGAAAUUAAAAAAGGAAGCCGAAAAAAAAUAAAAUCAAAAAAAUGAAAAGUACAUCCUUGAGGGACUUUUUAAUUUCUAUCAAUGAAGAGGCGGCUAAUAGGAAAAAUAUAUUUAAAUUCACACAUACACAAAAAUGGAGGUGAGAAUGUGGGGAACAAUGUAUACUCAUACAUUGCUGGUGGGACUGCAAAUUGGUGCAACCCCAAUGGAAAGCAAUAUGAAGAUUCCUCAGAAAAUUUACAAUGAAACCACCAUUUGACCCAGUUAUCCCACUCAGCAUACUACAGUGAUACAGCCACAUCGAUGUUUAUAGCAGCUUAGCUCACAAUAGCUAAACUAUGGAACCAGCCUAGGUGCCCUUCAACAGAUGAAUGGAUAAAGAAAUUAUGGGAUAUAUGCACAAUGGAAUAUUAUCCUUGAAGAAGAAUAAAAUUAUGGCACAUGCCAGUAAAUGGAUGGAGCUGGUGAAUAUCAUGCUAAGCGAAAUAAGCCAAUUCCAAAAACCCAAAGGCUGAAUGUUUUCUCUGAUGUAGAUGCUAAUUCACAAUAAGGGGAGUAGCUAGGGAAGACUAGAAGUACUUUGGAUUAGGCAGAGGGCAGUGAAGGGAGAAGAGGGAUAUGGGAGUAGAAAAGAUAGUAGAAUGGCCACGUGUGGUGGCACACGCCUGUAAUCCCAGCAGCUCGGGAGGCUGAGGCAGGAGAAUCUCAAGUUCAAAGCCAGCCUCAGCAAAAGCGAGGUGCUAAGCAACUCAGUGAGACCCUGUCUCUAAAUAAAAUACAAACUAGGGCUGGAGAUGUGGCUCAGUGAUCAAGUGGCCCUGAGUUCAAUCCCCAGUACCAAAAAAGAAAGAAAGCAAGCAUAGUAGAAUAAAUACCAUGUGCAUAUAUGGGGAUGUGAUUUGAUGUGUAUGACUGGUGUGAUCCUACAUCAUGUACAACCAGAAGAAUGAGAAGUUAUACUCCAUUUAUAUAUGAUGUGUCAGAAUGCAUUCUAUUAUCAUGUAUAACUAAUUAGAACCAAAAAAAUUGUGUGUGUGUGUGU